GUUACAAGGAUCGCAUAAACAACUCAUCGCCAUUUAAAAAAGCCAGAGAAAGAGAAGAAUUGUAAGAAAUUGCCGGCUCCUACUGUUUAUACUUCUGCAGACUCCCACACACGACCAAUAUUUCUCUCUUUUCCCUUCCAACCCACCCCGAUCAUCGUUUUCCUCCUCAACGGAACAAUUUCUAUCUCUUUCUUGAUCAGCUCUGUUCCUUUGCUUCACCAGAAUUAUCUUCUCAAUUCGACAAAACACGGAGUGGUUGUUGAGGAAGAUAGAAGAAGAAUUAAAGGUUGUCUGAAGAAGAAGGAAAAAAAUAAAAACAGCUCUGUUUUCUUUUGUUGGUAGUACAUAAGGAUUGACCCAUUCGGCACGCCACGGUGACGCUGCCAAGUGCCAACCACCUCUCUUUGCAUUUUUCUUCGUCGACUUUCUUCCCUGGAAAGUGACGGAUAUGGCGGAAAAUCCAAAGUUGGUUUGUGGCUCAGAAGAGAAUAUGGGUAACCAGAAAAUAUCGGUUUCCGAUCAUAUGAACGGCUUUCAGUAUACCGCCGAUAAUUCCGACAGCUUAGUUAUUGACAUGGAGAGCUUCUCCCGCCUCACCAAUAAAGAUAUUACUGCAAAUUCACGAAUUACUUUGCAGAGAAGCCUUUCCCGGAAAGGGCCUCAGCGUGGCGGCGAGAAAAAGAUUACUCCCAUUGCUAGUACUGCUAACGAAAGAGAUAUUGUUGCCUCCACAUCAUCGCCCAGAGGGUCUAGCACGCCUGAAAAGUCUGCAGUGGUGGCAGUAGGGAUCAUGGAUAAUUCUAGCAACCCACAAGUUCAUCAUCAGAUCACCAUCACCACCGGCAACAUCACCACCCCCACCGAAAGCAGAAGCAUUUCUAGGAGAAAUAGUUUUAGGCGUUCUCCAUGGGUCCUUGAUCCUAAGAAGAUUCUCUUCUUAUUUGCCACCUUGUCAAGCAUGGGAACAAUCUUGUUGAUAUACUUCACCCUUUCAAUUGGCAAGCUCAAUGAAGAUGAAGAUGGUUUGGAUUGGCAGCAGCGACCAUAGACACAGCCUUAAAAGAGAAUCAGGACAGAAGUGGACAUGACAUGGCUUCAGAGUUGGCAGUUCUAAGCUUUUUCUCCAGGCAUUUAAAAAAUUUACAGACGAAGAAAAUGACAUACUGCAUUGUGACAAAGAAAAAGAAUCUUCUUUUUUAGAAUGAAUGGCAGAGAUCAGAGCAAAUGAGUUUUUCCUUCUUUGUUUUUUUUUCCUUUUGUAUAUUUGCUGUCUCUAUACAGCUUAGUGGAUGAUUAGAAGUUACUUUUUGCUCUUCUUCCCAUACCUUCUGCUCCGUUUCCUCUUUUGGCACUCCAACUUGGACAGGCCUUUUUGUUGUAUGUGGCUUCCAUGUGAGUAGGCAGAGGGAUGAAAACAACCAUUAGAUUUGUAAGAAAUAAAAUAUGCUCAAUGUGCGCAUGCGCACUAGAAUCU